AGCUUCGGCAAAGCAGAGCACAGAGCUGCCUCUUGUCUGAAAGACGUUUGAGGGACCAUGUCAGUUGUUGCCCAGACCCUCCGUAACCCUUUCUGGGCCUGGGUCCUGGUCACAGAACCACGGAGCCAGAGGCCAGAAUCUUCCAGAUGCCUCCCACUCCAUCUCGUGCGCGGGGUCGCCCUGCGGCCUGGUCACCAGAGCUUUCUGCUUCCCGUAGAUGCACAAGCGGGUCUUUAAGGGGAUCCCCCCGCAGGUGCGGGGUCGAGUGUGGUCGCUGCUGUUGGACCUGGAGAAGGUGAAGGCGGAGAAUAAAGGCAAAUACGAGAGAAUGAAGGAGCAGGCCAGGCUGUUCUCAGAUGACAUCAAACAGAUUGACCUGGAUGUGAACCGAACAUUCCGGAACCAUAUCAUGUACUGGGACCGCUAUGGCAUCAAGCAGCAAGCCCUGUUCCAUGUGCUCGCAGCCUAUUCUGUUUACAACACCGAGGUGGGCUACUGCCAGGGCAUGAGCGAGGUCGUGGCCGUCCUGCUAAUGUUCCUGGGCGAGGAGGACGCCUUCUGGGCGCUGGCCCAGCUCAUGGUCAGCGAGAGGCACGCCAUGCAUGGCUUCUUCGUUCCGGGGUUCCCGAAACUGCUCAGGUUCCAGGCCCACCAUGAGCAGGUCCUCACCAAAGGGCUCCCGAAGCUAAAGCAGCACCUGGACGAGGAGCACAUGUGCACCGGCAUCUACACGGCCAAGUGGUUCCUGCAAUGCUUCAUAGGCCGGACCCCCUUCUCCCUCACCCUGAAGCUCUGGGACACUUACAUCUUGGAGGGUGAGCGUGUGCUCACGGCCAUGGCCUACACCGUGCUCAAACUGCACAAAAAACGCCUCCUGAAGCUGCCUCUGGAAGGCCUGCGGGAGUUCCUGCAGGACGGGCUGUGCCAGCCCUGGGCCCUGGAGGAUGACGCGGUGCUCAGGCACCUCCAGGCCUCGAUGGUGGAGCUGCAGAGGAUGAAAUGUGACCUGCCUCCCCCAGCCAAACCGGAGGAGUUCCCCACCUUGCCCCUGGGCCUGGAGCGAGCGUCCCCGGAGCCCAGGCCUGUCCUCGCCUCUCCCGGCUGUGAGAAGCUGCCCAGUGAGGCCGGGCUGGCCCUCCCCCACCUACCCGUCGAGCAUGAGCGGCCAGGACCCUCACAUGCCCAGGUUGUCCCCGAGGCCGAGGAGCCACAGAAUGAGGGGGCCUCCACAGGGCCCACAGCUGCUCACACCUCUCUCGGGGCCCCAGAGGCUCCGGGUCUGGCCUGCCUUCCCCCGGCCCAGGACAGCUCUAGGGAUCGGCUGCAGCCACGGCGUUUCACUUCCCUCCCGAACCUCCCAGGGAAUCACGAAGCCGCGGACAGGUGGCCCCCAGCCGUGGGCUCUGAGCUGGAACGCUGGGCGUCUCUCCCUUUACUGCUCGCCUGGGCCACCCCCAGGGCCACAGGACAGGCUCAGCCCUGCAUCCCCACUGGGGCCCCAGUGACAGGCCCCAUCCAGCCUGACGAGGACCAAGCCACAGGGCCCAGGACACCCCUCCUGCCCUGUGACGCCUGCAGCCGAUGCCCCUCUCAGGGUGGUGAAGGGCACAGUGGAGAUGAAGCCCUGGCAGGGCCCAGCGAGCUGCCCCGGGGCCUCGACUGUCCCCUCCACCCCCUGACCUCCAUGUCCGCAAGGAAGCUGGAGGCUUGGCACCCUCUAGAGGGGAGUGUGAUGGAGAGGGCGAUGGCCCUGAAGCGCCCGGCAUCCAGCAGCAGCGUGCCCCAGGUCUUCAUGCUGGCCUUCCUGGAGGACGGUGCCCCCCUCCCACAGAGGGGCCUGGCCUGGCCCGAACCCAGGUCCUGGGAAGACAGGGGCACCAUGAGUGCUCCCCCAGCCGGGAUGAAGACAGUGGGGACCGAACCCCACCAUGUCCCUGGCCAGUCCUGGUCUCUGGCCAAAGCAGGGCCAGGUCUCUCUGAGGAGUGUGUGGUCACCUGGGGCCUGGGCAUGCCCCACAGGGCCACAUCGGUGACUAGAGGCAGCUCUAGGAGCAUCAGGCCACCCCAGCAAGGGGGUGGCAGGGGCAGGCGGGCCAGUCCCACCCUCCCGCCCCAGAGGUGGCAGGGAUGGCCAGACGCCGGGCCCCCGAGCGGCCACCUGGCAGUGAGCCCGAGGCCGAGCUGAUGGCGCUGGGCCUGCUCCACGAACCCGAGAGCUGCUGCUCCAGGAGGGGCCGGAGGACACUGUGGGAGGCCGGUUCCCCCCUCUUAAAGUUCAAUAAAGCGUUUUCAUGGUUAAAAUGCAAG